AGUUCAUUGACUGAUUGACGUUUAAACAACGACAGGUCGACUGAAUUACCUUCUCGAUUUCAGAACGAACGAACUAGACUUCUUAUAAAUCACGAAUGAAAUUCUUUAAUAACACUAUUUAAUUAUUACUCCGCUAGAAAGCGCAGUUAUAAGUGCAUUUAUAUAAAUAUGAAAAUAAUGAAAUAAAUUAUCUAAUACUUAUCCGGAAUAUUAUGUAGAUUUGUGUAGGAUGUCGUGUUAAUGUGUCCAGUCAGGUGUUUGUUGGUGGUGAAUCCCGUAUUUUUGUGAUUUUACGUGGAUGUUGAGACUGCAGAAUGCACGAAUUGCUGAAACACGUGCUAACAGAGCGAGAUCUGACCCGAGCUGGCGAUAUUUUCGCCAUCGCAGAUGGCGAUAUUGUGGACGACUUGAAUGAAGUGCUAAAACAAAUCACUGACAUAUCAUCCAGACCUGAUUACAUCAGAAAUGAUCGUGAUCAAGCUCUUAUUGAGAUAUGUGUGACCAGAGUUACUUCAUGUAUAAAGGAGACGGGUACUCUGGAAAAAUAUUGCGGGGCUCUAGUUGCUUUGUUGGAAUCUUGUCUCCAUCACAACUUAAUGCCUGUCGGUCACUUACGUGAUGAUGAUCCACCCCAUGCCAAGAUUGCAUCUGAUGUUAUCGCCUGUAUUGUUCUGGUAUCAUUUCCUCUUCAGUCAGACAAGGAAACAAGUGGCAACGCGGAAGUGAUGGAACUCUUCCUGCCCGUCGCGGUCCAGUUCUUGCACAAAGGGAACAGAGAAAUAUCGCGGCAUAUGGCGCGUUAUCUCUCUCUUGCGGCAGUACAUCACGCGGUACUCUUAAAACCCCAUGUUCAGACAAUCAUGGAUUCUAUUAUGUCGGGUAAUUAUCCACUAUGUCGGAUCCUCACAAACUUGUACGAAGUAUGUCCGGAACCACUGGAAGGUCAUGUCACGGCACUAGUAUCUCUAUUACCUCACGCCGAGCCCGUAGAAAAGAGUUCGCUAUUCGCACUCUUUGAACAAAUAGCUGCAAGAAGACCCGAAGCGCUGAAGACUGCGAUUCCUCAGCUAUUGUCAUAUUUAUGCCCGAAUACUGCCGGUCCCAACGAUCCGGGCUGCAUGUGUAUAGAUUUGUUGCAGGUAAUAGCGAGCGUGAGCCGCAGCCGCGCGUCGAUGGUGGCGGAGCACUCCGCAGCGGUGAGACGGGCGGCCCGCGCCCCGCACGCCUCCCCCCGCGCCACGGCACUCGUCGCCACCAUCCUCGCCACCCUGGGGUACACCAGCAGGGAACGAGCUCAAGAAGCUUUGAACUUCGUGGUAGAGCGGCUGUCUGGUGCCGAAUGGCCGGAACAGGCCGCUUUACUGCGCGAAGCAACAGCUCUGUGCAGCGCCUACCCUGCGCUCUUUACUGAUCGUCUCCUGGCUGCGCUUCGCGCCAACAACAGCAAUCGACCUAAAUCAACUCACGGUGAAGUGAACAGAACUCCAGGCGGUGUAACGAUAGUAAAAUUAGGAGGCCCCAACACACCCGUCACUACUACUUCGAGCUCCGCGACCCCGGUCUCCGUGGUGACCGCAGCGGUGCCGGCGGGGGGCCCCGCGGUGGCGCCGGUGGCUCCCGUGACGGGCUACACGCGGAGGGCGAAGCUCGGUGAUUCGCGAAGUACGGGGCGGCUGCACCCCGGCCCCAACUCGCACCGAAGUAUGACUCGAUUGAAUAUUGCCGGUGGUUCGGUGGGGGGUCUCCAUAAGAGCAUGACGCGCCUGUCGUCGUCUCAACAGAUCAACGCACAGCAAACCGCUAACCCUCCGCCAAGUGUGGGCAAGGCGGGCUCCAAGGGCGCGGUCACGGUGGUCGCGCGGCCCGCCAGACACCUACACAACAUACAUAUCGGCCCCGCACCAGCAACGAAUUCUGGGCCUACGAUAAUUUCCGGUCCUUCCUCUCUCCAAACGCAAUCGAUAUCAGUGAAUCCAUUGACUUCUGGAAAAUCGUCCGACGCCCUCGUCCCGACCUCGUCCGUCUCCAUACAGCACUCCAACACGGCACUGGGACAGGUGUCGGUGAUCACCACCACGCCCAGCACCGGUCCCAUUCUGACCCAGACCGGCCCGAUAUCUGUCGGAUCGAAUCCCGUCUCCAUGGGGCCCGUCACGGUCACGUCGCGGCGGGCGAACAACACGAGCGUGACGAUGAUCAACUCGAGCAACUCCAACUCCAACUCGAACUCCAACCACAGGAUAAGCGUGUUCGAGCCGUACCCGAUGAGAGACACCGUGCAGCACUUCUGCGAGAAGCACCUGGACAAGAUCAAGGCGUACAUGGACAACGUGUCGGUGCGGAUCCCGCCGCCCGCCAAGUGCACCAUCGAAGAGCGGCGCUCCAAGAAGCAGGCGCGGCUGUCGUUCGCGUGCGGGCGGCGCGGGCCGCACUGCCUGUACGCGCGCGCCGCCUUCUCCAUGCGCACGCGCCUGCCGCGCGUGUGGAUCCACCUCAUGUUCCUGGCGCUGCAGGCGCGCCACGCCGCCGCGCUGUCCUCGCGCGACCCCACCGUGGCCAGCCUCAAGCACUGCUGGGACAUCCUCAAGUGCGAGAACAAGACCUUCCUCACGCUCGUCACGGGCGCCUUCCCCGGCCUCAAGGAGCAGGAGAUGCUGGUGAACGAGCUCCGGGCGGCGGGCUUCUUCGACGUCUUCGAGGUGAACGCGACGCGCACGGACGUGCCGCCGACGCAGGCGCCGUGGGGCUGCUUCCUGUGCAACCAUCCCGAGCGCGCCGUGGGCUUCCUGGCGGCCGACGGGCAGCCCGUUAUCGAGGGUCAACUCAAGGAGAAGAAGGGUCGCUGGCGGCUGUUCCGGCGCUGGCGCACGAGAUACUUCACGCUUUCCGGCGCGCAUCUCUCGUGCAAGGGAGCCAGCGGCGGCGAAAGUAUAGACAUAAAUCAGAUUCGUUCGGUCAAAGUGUCACGAGGUGCUCGCAACAUUCCCAAAGCUUUCGAGAUCUUUACGGGCGAUCAAACCCUCAUUUUGAAACCGAAGGACGGAAAAAAUGCGGAGGAAUGGGCUCAGUGUUUAAGCAUAGCGGUUGCACACUCGCAGGCGAGAGACGCACCUGCCAAGGCCAACAGUCUGCCUGCACGAGGCCUCACGCUGAAGAGCUUCUGACAACCGCGGCCUCCCUAAUAUUAUUAGGUCUCUGGAGCACUUCUACAUCUACAGACCUUUUACCUCACUCCACUAUCGAUUGUCUUCACUGGGGAA